AAAAGGCUGGUGUUCUUUAUACAGCCCGUUUUAAAUUUGAAUUAUUAUUACAAGGAAUUUGAAUUGUUCGCUUUAUACAUGUUUUGAAUCGCGGCGAAAUGAAUUAAAGCGACUUAUGCAUGCGUAUAAACGUAGUAUAAAAUAAAUAAUAAGUAGUAUAAAAUAAAAUAUGUAUGUAUACCAUUUUACCCGAUUCCCCGAAACAAGACAAAUUCCCCACAAUUCGGGGAAUUCCCCGCAAGUUGACAUCGCUGAGGCGUUCAGCAAUAGGUGAAUUGUGUAGCUGAAAGCCUGAAAAGCUUGUUGUGGAGUUGUACUAUAGCGAUAUAAAAGAAAAAAAAAUGACAAAUUCCGUUGGCAACGGAUGGGCUGCCGCCCUAAUAACGGAAAUAAAGGAUCCCAAAAACUACAUUAUCUCAUCCGAGAACGCUGUAGUGAUAUAUGACAAAUACCCAAAGGCGCGCCAUCAUUACCUCGUACUGCCCAAAGCAGAUAUACCGGAUGUAUUCCAUUUAAAUGUGGGCCAUUUAUCCAUACUGGAAGAGAUGCAUUUCCUCGCACAAAAUGUUAUCGAAGGGAAAAGCUUUCAGCUGGACGAUUUUAAGAUCGGUUUUCACGCGCAUCCCAGCAUGCAACGAUUACACUUGCAUGUAAUUUCCAAGGAUUUCGUAUCCGACUGUCUCAAAAAAAAGAGACACUGGGUUAAUUUUAAUACUGAAAUCUUUCUACAAUAUCAAGAAGUCUAUGCGCGGCUAAAAACAGAUGCUUGUAUUAAACGUUUCACAAAGGAAAAGAUUGAAGAGUUGACUGCCUCCACGCUGGAAUGCAAUCAAUGCGAAUUUGGGGCCAAAAAUUUACCAGACCUGAAGCGUCAUCUGCUCGAGCAUUGGGCACGGAGGCAGUCAGAUAAAUUUUUUUGAUGGGAUAACUCUUCUGUAAUGAUUGGAUCAAAAUAACCCAAUUUUCAAGAAAAAAUGCUUUUUAUAUCCAGUUAAGUAAUUUUAAUCAAGUUUUGUCUUAAUUUAUUCGAUAAAAUCAUCAACCAUACCCAUUUGUAAAUCAAACCCGAAUGAUUGUCAUUAGAAUAGAAAUCAACACAACAUGGAACUCUCGUAUACCUAUCUGAGAAACAUACUAUGGACCAAGUGGAAAAUAUUUAGGGCUAUCACUGAAUCCGAAUAGCUACGAAUUUAGCAUAUGUUCACGAAAAUCGGACUACGGUGGAUUCUGUGAUAGCGCAGAUUAAAAUACGUCUCUAGCUGCAACCAAAAAGGAAUAUAAAUACACAGCAGGGCUGUUCAGGAUGUUGUGGAAAUGGUCUUGGAUUUGGAGUUGGAAUUGCAUUUGCAAAUUUUAUGCUUGCUGUCAUGGCAACCGUGUGCAUUUUAUUGUUGUUAAUUUACAAAUGCACCGAAUAUGCAAAUGCAAGGACAAACUCGCAACAUCCCGAACAACCCUAGUGUAUUUAUUUAAAAUUUUAAAAUUUACAUAAAUAUAUUCGGAAUUCAUUAAUUAAUUAAACAAUUAUCUACUGAAGUUGAAUGGAGUUCCACCUUAGAACAUAUUAAUUUCUAUUAUUGGGUCGAAUGUGCUGUUGUUGCAAUAAAUUCUACAAUACCCAACUUAUUUUUGUUUAAAUACUUAACAUAUUUAUUAUUAAUUGUACAGAAAUUAAUAUAUUUCAUCUUUACUUAAUACAACGGCAUUUUACACGCGAAUACAUUCAUUACGGCUGCUCAAAACGCAUCAAUGCAAAGCAUUAGUCUCUUUUACUUCUACUCGUUAUGUUUUGGAAAUAAAAGAUACUGAUGUUUUGUAUCAAUACAUUUUAGUAAACGGCCACUACAUCAUCAACGGCUAAUGGACUUGUGGAAGUGGAAACAGUAAUGUUGAAUAGACUUAAGCUUUAGACAUUUAGUGCACACAAA